CUUGCGCAAUGCCGCGAAGCGCGGCCCCAAGUGGGACAAGGGACCGGCCGCGCUGAGCGAGGAAGCAUCUCAUGUCUUCAACGACGCCAGAUGACGGGUGGAUCGUGGAGUUGGAGCAGCAUGAGGUGCCAGCGCGCGGGUGCCUGUCUUGCUUGUUGGACCUCAAUGGCCUCGAUGGCUGCGCUGGCCUUGGGCGCUGCGUCAAUUUUGCAAGGUGUGGCAGGCGCGACCAGUCAUGGGAAUUUGUCAACGACCAUCUGGCCCGGACAGCCAAGAUCCCCAAAUCUUGGCUUCGUCACGCCUCUGGACACAGCCGCAGGGGCCAUCCAUGCCCUGCUUGCGUCCGCCGACUCUGGUUCGUCCGCAACCCAUCAAGUGGUUGGUGCCAAUGUCGUCCGUCCUCGGCGGGACCUCGAAAAAGCAAUCGCCUGCAGCCUCUUUCGCCUUAUUGAACGUCACCUGAUGAUGGUUGAUGCGCUACCAUCGAUCCGGCCCCACGCGGAUGCAUGA